GAAAAACCAGACCACGGGGACUGCACGCGGACGAGUGAGCCAUACGCGUGUGCUGUGCGCGCAUAUACUCGUGAAAUAAUUAUUUUUUUAAGGAUAAUACGGAAUACAUAAAAUAUUGUGUUUAAUUAGUUGAAGAACUUGCAUAAAGUUAUUCAACAUAUUGGAUUAUCGUAAAUUAGAUAGUGGGUGUGCCGAAAGAUUGAUAAAUAUGGCGAACAGCGUAGCACCAGACUCGUGGGAACAACAGGCGGACAGCGCUGACACUACCGCCGACAAUACAUUUAUCGAGGGAAAAUUUUCUACUCUAAAUGUUAACGCAGCUGAAUUUGUGCCUUCAUUCUGCAUAAACUCAUUGCCACCGAGUAAUGUCACCAGCAACGAGACAACUAGUAGUGCCAGCACGCCAGUUAACGUUGAUAACACCGUGGCAACACCUGAAGCUGCCACGAGUGGUGGUGAUACGCCAGUUGACGAAUCCACCAGUAUCUCCGAAACUAAUGUUGCUACAACUACUUUUGUAUCGCCAGAAACCCAUCAUGCACCACCAGUACCAGCCCUUCCACCGGAUCCUGUGGGCAACCGAGUCGAGGAACCUCCUGCUGGAGGAGGACCUCCUCCACCUUCGAACGUCAUUGACCCAGAAGCGAGCAACAGCAGUCCGGAACAUCAACCAGCUGAUUCGUGGGAGGAAGCAGCUGUUGAUGGUGAUCCUCUCAUAACACCAGAAAAUGAAGAGGCGGACAUUGAAGAAGAUGAAGAAAUGAUUGUAAAGAUAACGAAAAAGAAACCAGUUAAAGUAGCAGAAGAUACGAAGAGCAAAAAAGAACAUGUAAAUGUUGUUUUUAUCGGUCACGUUGAUGCUGGUAAAUCAACAAUCGGUGGUCAGAUAAUGGCACUCACGGGAAUGGUAGACAAGAGAACACUCGAAAAAUACGAGCGAGAAGCCAAGGAGCGUAGCAGAGAAACGUGGUAUCUCAGUUGGGCGUUGGAUACCAACCAGGAAGAACGUGAAAAGGGUAAAACGGUAGAAGUCGGCCGAGCGUACUUUGAAACAGAGCGAAAACAUUUUACAAUAUUGGAUGCACCGGGUCAUAAGAGUUUUGUGCCAAACAUGAUUGGAGGUGCGGCACAAGCUGAUCUUGCUGUACUUGUAAUAUCUGCGCGAAAAGGUGAAUUUGAAACUGGAUUUGACAGAGGUGGACAAACGAGAGAACAUGCUAUGCUUGCUAAAACGGCUGGUGUCAAGCAUCUUGUAGUUUUAGUUAAUAAAAUGGAUGAUCCAACUGUAGAAUGGGAUGAGGGCCGAUACAACGAGUGCAGAGACAAAAUCCUUCCAUACCUCCGUAAAUUAGGGUUCAACCCGGCGAAAGAUCUUACCUUUAUGCCUGUGUCAGGUCAAUUGGGAAUCGGGUUAAAAGAUCCGAUACCCGAGAGUUUGUGUUUUUGGUACAGCGGGCCACCUUUUAUACCUUUCAUUGAUUCGCUACCAUCGCUCAAUCGUAAAAGCAACGGACCAUUUAUCAUGCCUAUAGUUGACAAGUACAAGGACAUGGGUACGGUGGUAAUGGGCAAAGUCGAAGCGGGUGAAUCUAGAAAAGGUCAAGCUUUAUUAGUUAUGCCAAACAGGACGGCGGUUAUUGUCGAUCAGCUGUGGUCGGAUGAUGAGGAAGUCACGUCUGUUGGUCCCGGUGAAAAUGUUAAAAUAAAGCUUAAGGGUAUUGAAGAGGAAGACGUUAGUCCAGGAUUUGUACUUUGCGACGGUAAUAAUCCAAUAACUACUGGUAAAGUCUUUGAUGCUCAAGUAGUGAUAUUGGAGCACAAGAGUAUCAUUUGCGCGGGCUACAGCGCUGUGAUGCAUAUUCAUUGUGCUGCUGAAGAGGUCACGGUUAAAACGUUGCUUUGUCUUGUUGACAAAAAGACUGGGGAUAAAAGUAAAACGAGACCUAGGUUUGUUAAGCAAGACCAGGUUGCCAUUAUGAGAAUAGAGUGUGCUGGAGUUAUUUGCCUUGAAAAAUUUAAACUCUUUCCCCAAAUGGGACGAUUCACCCUCAGAGACGAAAAUAAAACUAUUGCCAUCGGCAAAGUGCUAAAGGUUGUCGAGUAAAUUUGCUCAACGUCAUCGAUCGUUAGUGCCGGUCGAAGGCAAUAGCGGAAGUGUACACGCAACGACGCAGCGAGCCGCGUACAAGAUGAUAUGCGAGAUAAAUAAGAAUAUUACUACUAAAACGGAAAGAAAAAGAAAAUAAUAAGAUUAUUAUAUUAAUAAAUAAAAAUAAAAAUAUAAAAAGAUGAAAAUGGACAAGAUAAUGAUGAUGAAGAAAAAGACGAUCGGGAUGAAAAUAAAUAUGAGAUAGUAAUAUACAUUAAAGACAAAAAAAUAACUCCGGGAUCCAAUUGCGUAGUUGGUUCGAUUUUAUAAUAAUAAUUCGGCAACGUGAUACCGGCCUCUCAAUCCUAGGCACUUUUUUACACUUAUUUACAUAAAACGCAAAUAUUAUUCGUAAACAUGCCGGUCUCCACACAUUAACUUCAUAAAUAAUGUUUUUCAUUUUAUUUGUUAUUAUUUUUGUUCGGUUCAUUUUAAAUAACUUUAGUUGGUUUCCAUUUUUCAACGAUCGCAGAUACGAGUAGAAUACAAUUUAAGCGUAUAGUGGUUACGCACCUGGCAGUCUUCAAUUUAGAUCACAAGUACGGUUUAAUAAUAAUGAUGAGAGAGAAAAAAGUAAACAAUAAAACAAAAUUAAACAAGUGUACAUACGUCUUGUUUGAAGUAACUUACGAUGGACACGAGGGUCAUUGGCCUCUGCCGCGACGCUAGGUAUUCAUUUUUACCUUCUUUUUUUUUUUUUCCUUCUCUCGCUCUUCGUUCUUCACUCCGGUGUCGCGGUCCUCUCACGCGAUCCUCGUGUAAAGUACACGCACUUGUGCUUACACUAGUGACUGAAAAACUAAGUUUAAUAAGAGGAAAAUCAUAAAAUAGAAAAACGUUUAAAAUAUCUUUUUUU